ACACCGGGAGGCCCGCAGAGCACGACCUCCGAAGGUGAAGUCCAUAGCCCGGAGGGCUCCAUGACCAACCCAGGUCUUCCCUGGGCGUGGCGUGCCGAGUCGCAGCAGCUUAGGAACAAGAUCUCUGGCAGUCACAUCCUAACUUUCAGACCUCUGCGACAAGUCACCUGUCAAUAAGGACUUGUUCAGUGGGAGAAGAAAACUGAAGAGCCUCGUGGACGCGCAGCACUGCUUCCCAGAUUGAGAAGAAAUGCUGAGACUCAAGUAAAGCUCCCUCUUCUGCCCCACGUGCCCGCCAUGGGUGCUGGGAUGUCUAAACUGGAUACCUGCCCCCUUUCUUGGCACAAGAGGCACAGUGGGGAUGCAGAUCCAGACUGCCAUGAACCGGAGGAUUCUAAGGAUGUGUCCUUGCAUGGUUUUGUGAAGCACAGCAAUAGAACAGAGCCGCCGACAGGAGAGCAGGAGGGAGCUGAGGCAAAGGGAGAAAUGCCUGAGGAGGCAGCUGAAGAAGAAGUCUUCCUCAAAUUUGUGAUCCUGCAUGCAGAAGGUGACAUAGAAGAGGCCCUCAGGGUCCAGGAUCUGCUGCAAAAUGACUUUGGUAUCAGGCCGGGGAUAAUUUUUGCCGAGAUGCCGUGUGGCCGGCUGCAUUUGCAGAAUCUAGACGAUGCUGUAAAUGGGUCUGCGUGGACCAUCUUGUUACUGACUGAAAACUUCCUACGAGACACCUGGUGUAACUUCCAGUUCUACACCUCCCUGAUGAACUCUGUGAACAGGCAGCACAAGUACAACUCCGUCAUACCCAUGCGGCCCCUGAACAGCCCCCUCCCUCGGGAAAGGACUCCCUUGGCGCUACAGACCAUCAACGCCUUAGAGGAAGAAAGCCGAGGCUUUUCUACCCAAGUGGAGAGGAUUUUCCAGGAGUCCGUGUACGAGAGGCAGCGAACGAUAUGGAAGGAGACUCGGAAUGCGCUACGGGGACAGUCCGUUGCCUGAGACGAAGCAGACACCCGGCUGGCUCCUGUUUUGUAAACAAAAAUGAUUCAUCUUCACUUGAGAAAGCAGUGUCUAGGCAAUGCUUCUCCAUGAGUGGGGCUGCUUUCAAGAAAUCUGUGGAACACAGGAAAACUACAUUUCUGCAGGCUUAGGGCUGUGGUACUUUCUGAUGAUAAACUCCAGGCUGUC